GGUGUGUACGCGCGUUUAAGCUGUAAUCUUUCGCACAAUGGAGAGUGGUGAUAUAUAUAAGGCCUGCAGUAGUUCGUCGGUAUGGGGGAACAAUGCCAUGGAAGUCUUCUCGAGAUCUUCACGAUCAGAGGAAGACGACGAAGAAGCUCUCAAAUGGGCUGCGCUACAGAAGCUUCCUACUUACAAUCGUUUGAACAAAGGAUUACUGACAACGCCGCAUGGCGAAGCCACCGAAAUCGACGUGCAUGAUCUUGGGCUCAAGCAAAGGAAAUGUUUGAUGGAGAGGUUGGUGAAGGUCCCCGAAGAGGAUCAUGAGAAAUUCUUGUUCAAGCUCAAGGACCGCAUCGACAGAGUUGGAAUUGUUCUUCCUACAAUUGAAGUCCGGUUCGAGCAUUUAAAUGUUGCGGCAGAUGUUCAUGUUGGAAGCAGGGCUUCGUCUACAUUCUUAAAUUUCUCUGUUAACAUACUUGAGGGUUUCUUGAAUUAUCUUCGUAUUCUUCCAAGUAGCAAGAAACAACUGUCUAUCCUUCAAGAUGUUAGUGGAGUCAUCAAGCCUAGCAGAAUGACAUUGCUUUUGGGGCCUCCAAGUUCCGGAAAGACCUCGCUCUUGUUGGCUUUGGCUGGAGAGCUUGAUCCCGACCUAAAGCUCUCUGGAAAUGUGAGUUAUAAUGGCCAUGAAAUGCACGAGUUCGUUCCCCAGAGAACUGCAGCCUAUGUGAGUCAACAUGACCUCCAUAUUGCUGAAAUGACUGUGAGGGAAACCUUGGCCUUUUCUGCAAGAUGUCAAGGGGUCGGAUCGCGUUAUGAGAUGCUAGCGGAGCUAUUAAGAAGAGAGAAAGAAGCCAACAUUAGGCCUGAUCCUGAUAUUGAUAUCUACAUGAAGGCGAUAGCAACAGAAGGUCAGGAGGCAAGCGUGGUGACAGAUUAUAUUCUAAAGGUUUUGGGAUUGGAUGUCUGUGCAGAUACCUUGGUAGGAAGUCAAAUUAUACGGGGAAUAUCUGGAGGACAAAGGAAGCGUGUUACAACAGGCGAGAUGUUGGUCGGACCAUCUAAGGUGCUAUUCAUGGAUGAGAUAUCUACUGGUUUGGAUAGCUCGACAACAUUUCAGAUCGUGAAUUCAAUCAAGCAAUAUGUUCACAUUCUCAAUGGAACUGUUGUCAUCUCACUCCUCCAGCCGGCACCAGAGACUUAUGAUCUUUUUGAUGACAUUAUUCUUCUCUCUGAUGGCCAGAUUGUGUACCAGGGUCCCCGUGAACAAGUGCUAGAAUUUUUUGAUUUUAUGGGCUUUAAAUGUCCUGAGAGGAAAGGAGUCGCCGACUUCCUGCAAGAAGUAACAUCAAGGAAAGAUCAGGAGCAGUAUUGGACUCGUAAAAAUGAGCUUUACCGAUUUGUUACCGUUAAGGAAUUUGCGGAGGCAUUCGAAUCAUUCCAUGUGGGGCGGAAGGUUAGGGAUGAACUCGCAACUCCCUUCAACAAGGAAAAGAGCCACCCAGCUGCUUUGACAGCUAGAAAAUAUGGUGUUAAAAAGGAGGAGCUUUUGAAAGCUUGCUUGUCAAGAGAAUUCUUGCUUAUGAAGAGGAAUUCGUUUGUCUACAUUUUCAAGCUCAUCCAACUUACAAUAAUGGCACUGAUUGCGAUGACACUUUUCCUACGGACUGAGUUGCACCACAAUUCAGCAACUGAUGGAAGUAUCUACACUGGUGCUUUGUUCUAUAGCAUCGUUGUUAUCAUGUUUAGUGGUGUAGCUGAGAUUUCCAUGACCGUUGCAAAGCUUCCAGUUUUCUUCAAGCAAAGGAAGCUCCUAUUCUAUCCUCCAUGGGCAUAUUCUCUCCCUGCAUGGAUCAUCAAGAUCCCUCUCUCGUCUCUAGAAGUUGCAAUCUGGGUUUUCAUCACCUACUAUGUCAUUGGAUUUGACCCAAGUGUUGCAAGGUUGUUUAAGCAGUUCCUUGUGCUCUUCCUUGUAAAUCAGAUGGCUUCUGCAUUAUUCCGCUUUGUUGCUGUAAUUGGUAGGGGGAACCUGAUUGUUGCCAACACAUUUGGGUCAUUUGCAUUGGUCAUGCUUUUUGCUUUGGGUGGCUUUGUCCUGUCAAGAGAGAACAUAAAGAAAUGGUGGAUAUGGGGUUACUGGAUUUCGCCUAUGAUGUAUGGGCAGAAUGCUUUAGUAAUCAACGAGUUCCUUGGGAAGAGUUGGAGACAAGUUCUGCCAAGCUCAACGGAAUCACUGGGGGUCGAAGUUUUGAAGUCUCGCGGAUUCUUCUCUCAUGCAUAUUGGUACUGGAUAGGAGUAGGGGCAUUAGUUGGAUAUGUAUUAUUUCUGAAUGCUGGCUUCACUCUGGCUCUCACUUUUCUAAAUCCAUUAGGGAAGCCAGAGACUGUUAAAUCAGAAGAGCCUCAAAGCAAUGGAUGUGAUGACAGAUCUGAAAAGGCCAUUGGAUCACCAAUAUCUAGAGGAAAUAGCUCAACUCACAGAACCAACAUAGAGAGUGGAAAUGAAAUUAGCAGGAACAGGAGAAAAGGAAUGGUUCUUCCAUUUGAGCAGCAUACUCUCACCUUUGAUGAAAUUACGUACUCCGUUGACAUGCCACAGGAAAUCAAGAAUAAAGGUGUCACGGAUGAUCAAUUAGUGCUCUUAAAGGGUGCGAGCGGUGCUUUCAGGCCAGGAGUUCUCACAGCUCUGAUGGGUGUCAGUGGUGCUGGUAAAACAACUCUGAUGGAUGUACUGGCGGGUAGAAAAACUGAUGGAUAUAUUGACGGGAAGAUCACAAUUUCUGGGUACCCAAAGAAGCAAGAAACUUUUGCUCGAGUUUCUGGAUAUUGUGAGCAAAACGACAUCCACUCUCCUCAUGUUACUGUCUAUGAGUCGUUGCUUUAUUCAGCAUGGCUCCGUCUGUCUGCUGAUGUUGAUUCUGAGACAAGGAAGAUGUUCAUCGAGGAAGUGAUGGAGCUUGUGGAGCUGAAACCACUGAGGCAAGCAUUAGUUGGGUUGCCUGGUGUGAAUGGUCUCUCAACCGAGCAACGCAAGAGGCUAACCAUUGCAGUAGAGCUAGUUGCCAACCCCUCCAUAAUUUUUAUGGAUGAACCAACUUCAGGGCUGGAUGCUAGAGCUGCUGCUAUUGUUAUGAGAACGGUAAGGAACACCGUCGACACUGGAAGAACAGUUGUGUGCACCAUCCAUCAGCCAAGCAUCGACAUAUUUGAAGCUUUCGAUGAGCUAUUCCUACUGAAGCAAGGAGGGCAAGAGAUAUAUGUCGGGCCAUUGGGUCGUCAUUCUUGCCAUUUAAUCAAGUAUUUUGAGGGACUAGGAGUCAGUAAAAUUCAAGAUGGUUACAAUCCAGCAACUUGGAUGUUGGAAGUUACUUCGUCAGCACGUGAAACAGCUUUGGGGAUUGAUUUUGCUAAUGCAUACAGAAAUUCAGAGCUGUACAGGAGAAACAAAUCACUUGUUAGAGAAUUGAGCAGCCCUGUUCCUGGAUCAAAGGAUCUCUUCUUCCCUACUCAAUACUCACAGUCAUAUUUCUCACAAUUCAUGGCUUGCUUAUGGAAACAACACUGGUCAUAUUGGCGCAACCCGCUAUACACUGCUGUAAGGUUUCUCUUCACGAUGAUCAUAGCCCUGAUGUUCGGGACAAUGUUCUGGAACCUUGGCUCCAAAACCACAAAGCAACAAGAUGUAUUCAAUGCUAUGGGUUCCAUGUAUGCUGCUGUUAUCUUUAUUGGUGUUAAGAACUCUAACUCGGUGCAGCCAGUAGUGGCUGUUGAACGAACAGUCUUCUAUAGAGAAAGAGCGGCUGGGAUGUAUGCAGCCUUGCCAUAUGCCUUCGCACAGGUUGUGAUUGAGCUCCCAUAUGUUUUUGUACAAGCUGUGGCCUAUGGUUUGAUAGUAUAUGCAAUGAUUGGAUUUGAGUGGACUGCUGCCAAAUUCUUCUGGUAUAUAUUUUUCAUGUAUUUUUCUCUACUGUACUUCACCUUCUAUGGCAUGAUGGCUGUUGCUAUGACACCAAACCACCACAUUGCUUCCGUAAUUGCUUCUGCAUUUUAUGGAAUAUGGAACAUCUUUUCAGGAUUCAUAGUCCCACGACCUAGGAUCCCCAUUUGGUGGAGAUGGUACUCUUGGGCAUGUCCAAUAGCUUGGAGCUUGUACGGGUUGACUGCAUCAGAAUUUGGAGAUAAGAAGAGCAUGCUUGAAACUGGUGAAACAGUUGAAGAAUUUGUGAGAGACUAUUUUGGUUUCAGACAUGAUUUCGUGGGGGUGGCUGCAGCUGCCGUUUUUGGGUUCGCAGUACUCUUUGCAUUUAUCUUUGCCAUGUCCAUUAAAGUCUUCAAUUUCCAAAGGCGAUAGAAAUUUUUUUUGAUCA